GACGUCUCUGGAGCACAAUGUCAUGGUGUUCCUAGCAGUUUUUAUGAAGUGAACUGUACAUUCUGUCUGUCAUGGCUGUUGAAACCUUACCAAGAACGUAAAAGGAAACAGAAAUCAGCAGUGGAGUUUCUGUGCACACCCGGAUCGUCCCAGCCAGGUCCUGGUCUUGGGAGAGCGAUGCCGCUUCCCGACACCUUAUUCUGCGCGCAGCAGAUCCACAUCCCACCGGAACUGCCGGAUAUCCUGAAGCAGUUCACCAAGGCAGCGAUCCGCACCCAGCCCGCCGACGUGCUGCAGUGGGCCGCGGGGUAUUUCUCAGCAUUGUCAAGAGGAGAUCCACUUCCUGUAAAGGACAGAAUUGAAAUGCCCGUGGCCACUCAGAAAACAGAUACUGGCCUGACUCAAGGAAUGCUCAAAGUGCUGCACAAGCAGUGUAGCCACAAGCAAUACGUGGAAUUAGCCGACCUUGAACAGAAAUGGAGAAGUUUGUGCCUGCCAAUGGAAAAAUUCAGAGCUCUCUUACAAUUGGAUCCUUGUGAAUACAGAAUCGAGUGGAUAAAAUUUUUAGCACUUGGAUGUAGCAUGCUUGGUGGGUCCUUGAACACCGCGAUGAAGAACCUGUGUGAGAUCCUGACCCAGGACCCGGAGGGGGGGCCUGCGCGCAUUCCCUUCAAGACUUUCUCCUACGUCUACCGCUACCUGUCCAGCCUGGACUCGGAUAUUGCUACUUCGGAAACAGAAGCCUAUCUCGCCUCGCUGAAGGAUAACAUAGACAAUAGAAAGAAUGGCAUGAUAGGACUUAUGGAUUUCUUCAUCAUAACGAGGAAAAUGUAAAAAAUCUCAAAUAGAAAACUCAGAAGACAUGCCAUUAAUACAGAGAAAAACACAUUUUAAUGUCGGAAGAGUGUGUUUUAAAACCUUGGCACCAAUUACAACUUGUCAUUAACCACAUGCAGACGUUGCGUGAGUUUUUCUGGUGAUGGAAGUUGAGUGUGACCAGUGAGUCCGGGAGGGGGGCCUAUUUAAUGAUUGCUCUUCACUGUGUCCUUGUAAGAACCUUCAAGGUGAAUCACUCCUAGUAGUAAAAUGAUCUGUUUGACUGAAACAAUCUGUUCGGAAGCUGCGGAGCGGGGAGGAGGAUGGGCAGCUUAAACCCGGCCAUCCUGGUUUUCCGUGGGAAACUCUUUAUGCCCUGGCAGCUGUGCCCAAGACAGGCCGGGGGAGCACCCUGGCCAAAGCUGGGUCUUCUCUGGGAGAGGCAGGCCUGGGAGCUUGCGCUCACCGAAGGGCAUCUACGACUGCGAAGCAAACUGGACAAGCAGUGGGGACCAGCACUUGGUCCACUGAACAGGAAUACUGUGCAAGCAACAACACGCCCGGCAGUUUUCCCGAGAGCUGGGGGAUGGCUUGGCUCGUUGGUCUGUGCCACUGGCCACCUUGCUAAUCAAUGUUAGCAUAGUGAAAAGCCAGAGCUAGGAGAAAGGAGAAAGGUUUUGCUGUUAUCUAAAAGUGUGUAGGUUUUUUUUUCUUUCUGCACUUAGGUGUGUAAAGUAUAUUUUUCAUCGGGACACUAAACUCCCUUAUUUGAGAUGAUCAUUUGCCUGGACUUUUGGUCACCAUCCCAGUAAAUAGACAACAUAUAGAGAUUACUGAGAAAUUUACAAGUAACUUUUGGAGUUUCUAAAAGCUUUUACAAUUUUUUAAGUUGCUUUAAACCUUCUAAAAUCUUGACUGCCCCCCCAAAUUUAAAUAUUUCCCCCAGCUGUAAUGCCUCAAUACAUGGGGCUCAGAAAAAAAGAAAUCUUAGGUUUUGCGUAGCGCAGUUGUAAGUCACGGCGCGGAUAAACAUGUGGAGGGGAGCAGGCUGCAGGAAAGGCUGUGCGAUAGAACCCAGAACGGUGUUGUGCUUGAGACAGAAAGUUGGCCACCCCAGGAGCGCACACAGGACGUUUGCAUUUUAUGAAGAUGCUCCGGCCUAUCAGGAGACAGAAAAGGAGAGUUUAAUAGAAGUAACAGCUUCCCCUCAGGUGGGACAGCGAGGGAACCGAGGACUUAGGAGAGCAUCCCGACCCCCAGGCUGGCCCUGGACUGCACAGUCAGAGAGGUCCUGGAGCCCUCGAGGUCUGCGGGGCUCCCCAGGUGAACCAAAAAGGAAGCCAGAAGCCGAAAGGGACGUGUGCUGUGCCUCUUCCCCUCCCCCCACCUUCUUGCGUGUCCCUCCAGUGCUAGAUGAACAUGGACCUAGCUGGCAAGGAGCUGUGAGUAUAGAGGCCACAGAGAAGCUUGUUUGAACAUGCAAGUCCUCAGGGAACCCUUCCUUCCUGGGGAGUCUGCUGGAGGAAGAGAGCCAGGCAACCAGAAAGGCUGGAGAGGGCACCAUGAGACCGUGGGAGCACUGGGUAUUGUUUACCUGUGCAGCUAAGACCAGGUGAGGAAUCUAAGGAAGGGAUAUGCUAUCGUAAGUAAUGGAUGUAUGCGCUGACUGUAUAGGUACAUAUCAUCUGUCAGAAAUUUUGAGGCUAGAAAGUCUAUAUGAAUGUUAAAAUGAUGUUCACAUCAGAUGUAGGGGAAAUUUCAUCACUGAUCAUAGUAGAGAACCAGCAUUCAGUAACCAAAAAAGAAAAGACUAAGGAUAUUAUGUAAAAGUACAUGUGGUAAUCGUUACAGCAAAAGUGCAAACCUUCCUAAAUACCUAAAUGUAAGCAGGGAGGUAGGGCAGCGGAGGCUGAACCAGGAAAUAAUGGUACCGUGCGGGAGGAGGGAGGCAUGGACGAACGAGGCGGAGCUUGAUGCUGGCCUUCUCUGAACCUACCUUUGUGCUGAUUUGAUUGUGGAAUCCUGUAAAUAUUAUACGUAAUUAUAAAACAUAUUCACACUUAAGAGAAAGCACUGAAAAUUGGCAGUAAAACGAAACCAGUGACCUUAACUGUGUAUCCAGUUGGUGGCGUCACCGCAGAAACUAUCCCAUGCGACUUUAAAGCCCAGCAAUUUGAAUAUUCUUAGUGAAUUCAAGAAGAAUGUUACAGAAAAGGUUUUUAGUAAUCAGUAUUGGUACUAGAAUACAUGAGUAACAAUUUUGGUGUCAUUACCCUGGAUUUUGGCAUGGAAGAAUGAAGAUACAAAGUAAAUUAGAUAAGGUUAAGUCACAAUCCUGUGGUCCUGAUUUAUAACUGAGUAUCUGUAUGAAAUCAUAGUCUCUGUCCACUGAAAAGGGCCAGAAACAGCCACCCGUCCACCACGUGGGGCCACAUCUACUGGCCAGACUGUGGGCUCUAACGACCCUUCUCCGGCGAGAGGAGCCAGGACUCCCUGAUGCAGGACUGACUCAGGGUCUUGGGAAGGGAACGGAGCAGAUGAGGCCAUUGUGUCACACGGAAGUCAAGGUCCAUGUCAGGAAGACUUGGGAGUCAAGUUGAAUGAACUUCUACUGGUCAUAGGAAGUUCGGCUUUCAAUUGAGUUGCUACCUGCCUUUGGAGAGCUCACGUAAAUGCUUUAAUAACUACACACUUUAUUGUAUCAUUAACGAAUCCAUGCGCUGGAUAAAUAAACCAUUCAAGUGA